AUGCCUGGCUUCCCACAGCAGACCUCGACGUCGCCUCAACAGGGUCAGGCUGACGGUCCGGAUCGGGCGAGAGCCUACAAGUCACGCAAUAAGCGGCCAUGCGACUUCUGUCGCUACAAGAAGGCCGCCUGUCAUCUGGAGAACAAACCGCCGUGUGAGCUGUGUAUACGUUACAACAAGGAGUGCACCUUCCUCGAGUCACCAGCGAAGCGGCGCCGACCGAACCACGAUAGUGAUGGGAGCAACAACAUGGCUAAAGGCAGCCACCCACACGAACCACAUAUGAAUGGCAGCAAUAUGCCUCUCGCAUUCGAAUCGUAUGAGCCAAUGUCUGCAUCUACCGCCCAUGUGGACAACCUGGCCUCGCAUCGGCUACCCGAACAUGUACACAUGCCGCACCAUUCGAUAGAUACUUCGCCUACUUCACAGAUAGCACAACUUCCGGCAAGCCUGCAUCUUCCGGUCGAUGCAACAAGCGGCGAGCCGUCGCUGGACAAUCAGGCGUCGUCCAAUGCGCAGAUCGUGGGCAUGAGUGGUGAGAUGGAUCCCUAUCUGCUCUCGCGGUAUCGCUUCGAUCAGUACAACGAAGCUGCGUUUCAGUCCAUUCGUCUGCGCAAGGUCAAUGGAGGCUCAUUAUGGGAUGGUAGCGUACCGGCCUUUUUCACGAUCGCUCACAAUGCGCUUGCUGCGAAAGCGCAGCCCGGCGAAAAGCCCGACGUUAUGGACAAGUACCGACAAGAUGUAGACGAAAUGGUGAGCGAUGAUGUUGGAAGGCGGCUUAUACGGCUGUUCUUCAAAUAUGUGCAACCAUACUUUCCGCUUCUGACACGCGAGGGGCGCCAAGAACGGGAUGAGAGCGGAAUCAGAGACCUCAACAGCAUACCGACGUGCAUCCUGGCUGCGAUAUAUGGGCACGCGCUACCGUUCUGCGCGUGGGACGAGAAGCUAUGCGUCGAAGUGUACACUCCGCCUUCAGCUGAUGCACUGUUUCGCAUCGCUUGGCAGGCGUGCUGGCCUUGCAUACACACGCCAUCUCUUGCCGUACUGCAAACCAUUCUUCUGCUUGUGCAGCGCAGACCUACGAACAAAUACGUUAGCGAUACACCAAUGAAGUGGGUGAUGAUGAAUACAGCCGUUAGCGUGGCUCAAGCAUUGGGUCUUCACCGUGACCCAUCCGCAUGGCCUCUUCCUGCGUGGGAGUGCAAGGUCCGGAAGCGCCUAGCAUGGGCAACGUUCGUACAGGACAAGUGGAUCGCACUCAAUUUCGGCCGCAGCAGUCACAUACAGGCUGACGACUGGGACGUUGAACCACUCGUGGAGUCUGACUUCGCGGACCACGAUCGAGGCCCGGAAGCAUCCGUGGGUUUCUGGGGCCAGCACUUCAUCAAAUUGUGCGAGCUCACGGUCAUUGUUGACGACAUCAUGCAUAAAAUGUUCAGCCUCAAGGCUACGAAAGCAUUGCACGGGAAUUUGGAAGCCACGCUUGAGGUGGCGAAACCGCUUCGUCUCCGACUUACUGAGUGGCACCAGUCGUUGCCAGUGGGCCUGCUCCCACAGCGAAGCGCGGGUAUCAACUCACCCGAAAGCGGCCGUCGCCGGUCACUACAGCACGAGCUGGACGGGAACGGAUGCCUCUACCUUGCCUACAUCACUGCGAAAAUCGAGCUUUUCCGGGCAAUGCUGCGGCCACCCAUGACUGACGCGAACACUGCAGCUGUGACCGCUCUCAGGACUGGCGCACUGACUGUUGCGGGCGAGGUCACAGAGUUCUUAGAGCAUCUCAAUGCGCGGGAGUUGGAGGCUUUCUGGACGAGCUAUGCGCGUACGAAUUUCACAAUAGCAAGCAGCUUCAUGCUGCUGCUUUUUGUCACUUCACCCAACUUGCCCGACGCGAAGGAGUGCCUAGCAUUACUCAGUGGCUGGCGCUCGCUUCUUCGCAUCAAAAGUCGCAGCUGCGAUCUCCUCAACCUAGCGCUGCUACGCCUAGACGGCGUCUACGUUGCAGGAAUGGAACGCUUGAUCGAGCUGAGUCCAGCAGCGGUUCAAGCUUGGGCGGAAAGUGCACAGUCAAAGUGA